AAACGGAUAGGGUGUGUAGCGGAGAGAUGGAGUGUGUGUGAAGUAGAGAGUUAAGAGACCUGGAAUGUGUAGAAGAAACACCAGGAGUGUGUGUAAAGGACAGAGAAAAAGAAACAACAGGAGUGUGUGUGUGUGUGUGUGAAGGAGGAAAAAAAGGAUUAAUCUAAAAUGUCUUAUUACGAACACAUCAUAUUUGAGGACGACCUUCUCGGGGACAACCUGACCGAGCUGGGCUCUGGAGACAUCGGCGCUGAUCUGGAGGCGCCAUGCAUCCGCGAGGACAACCAGGAGCUGCGCAAGAUUCUGCUUCCGACUCUGUACGCCGUGAUCUUCACCUUAGGGCUGGUGGGUAACGGCCUGGUGGUGGUGGUGAUGGGUUGCCAGAGGAGAUCACGCACGAUGACCGACCGCUACCGGCUGCACCUGUCCGUGGCCGACCUGCUGUUCGUGCUCUCGCUGCCGUUCUGGGCGGUGGACGCGUCCGCGGGCUGGGUGUUCGGCCGCUUCAUGUGCGUGCUCGUGCACAUGGUGUACACGGUGAACCUGUACGGCAGCGUGCUCCUGCUCGCCUUCAUCAGCCUGGACCGCUACCUGGCCGUGGUGCACGCCACGAGCAGCCAGGCCACGCGCCGCCUGCUCGCCGAGCGCGUGGUGUACGUGGGCGCGUGGCUCCCCGCGGCUCUCCUCACCGCGCCCGACCUGGCGUUCGCGAGCGCGGAGGCGGGCGGCGGCGGCGCGGGCGUGACGCGCGUCGUGUGCCAGCGCAUCUACCCGGCCGAGGCGGCGCUCGCGUGGAUGGCGGCGUUCCGCGCGCAGCACGUGCUCGUCGGCUUCGUGCUGCCCGGCCUCGUCAUCCUGGUGUGCUACUGCAUCAUCAUCGCCACGCUCUCGCGCGGCUCCAAGGGCGCGCAGAAGCGGCGCGCGCUGCGCACCACCGUGGCGCUCGUCGCGUGCUUCUUCGCCUGCUGGCUACCCUACUGCGCCGGGAUCGUCGUCGACACGCUCGUGCAGCUCGGCGUCGCGCGCCUCGGAUGCGCGCUCGAGCACGCCCUCGACACCUGGAUCUACGUCACCGAGGCGCUCGCGUACUUCCACUGCUGCCUCAACCCGAUCCUCUACGCCUUCCUCGGGGUCAAGUUCAAGAAGUCGGCGCGGCGCGCCCUCACCGCCAGCCGCGGCUCGAGCCUCAAGAUCCUCUCCAAGAAGAAAGGAGGCAUGUCCUCUGUGUCCACGGAGUCCGAGUCCUCCAGCUUCCAAUCCAGUUAACCCACAGGGAAACGUUAAAGUCACGUGAACUUCUUAUAGAUAAUUAAAAAAAAAAGACUGAUGUGAAUAUCCACAUGGACUGAAGUGAUCUGAAGAAUCAUCAGGCUGAGCCUGAGCUCCAGACCACGUUUUAUUGCAUUUGUUCGAUUUGUGCUAUGAUGAACUGCAAGACUUCAGGAGUUGCAUCAGGAUCCAUCUAUCCAAAAAUCCAUCCAAAUAUCUGCUAUCAUGCAAUGUCCAGUUUGAUGCUGUCCAGUUAUUUUUCUUCUUCCCCCCACUGGUUUAAAUGGACUUUGAAAUGUGUCAUAAUGAAUGUGUGUUAUGAUGAUUGCAUGCAUUUGUAAAAAAAAUCCAGAUAGAAAUUGUAUUAUCACUGCAUAGUUCAGGUACACAGCAAAACAAUGCAGUUCAGCAUCAGUGCAAAUUGUAGCCCAGCUAUGCAUCUAUGCAUCUUUUUACUGUGUGUGUGUGUAUCAAUAUCUCUGACUGCUUUUCAUGUUUUUUUGGUCUGACUGUAAAGAUUGCAAACACACUGGUUGUGUUUUUUUCACACAACGAUUUCACUUUUACAGACGUGUUAACAAAAUAACACAAUUUUCCGUCUCGUCUGUUUGGACAGCGAAGCAUGUAAACACCAGGAAAAUAGCUUUUUUUGUUGUAUUUCUGAUUCUGCACUUAUGUACAUAUAUCCAGGCUCUUAUUUAUUGUGUAUAAAACAAAACCAGGACUGAUGAUAAAAUGGUAUAUUCGUUUCCAUUAGGAGCUGCUGUGUAUAGCUGUGUUAUAACGUCCUUGUAAUAAAAAUUAAUUUUUGUUUCUAAAGAAAAA